UUGCACAGUCAUGCAGCUGAGUAACUUCCCAAGGAAAAUUUAGUAAUUUGAAGAGCUCGAUGGAGCUCUGAACUAGUCCUAGCUCAUAGCCAUGCUCUCUCCAAAACAUACUUGGUUGUAUCUCAAUAGCGCGUCGGAGGGAGGUUUUCGACGAGCUACGGAAUUGUCAAUACUCCUGGCUACGAAAGCCUUCGUUCAAGAAGUGGGAAUGCAGUAUAGCGUCACGCCAGUAUAAAUGCGGUGUAGUGUAUGAUUGUCACGCAGCACGUUAGUUUCUUCGGCAAAACAAUUUGGACCUGACGACGGUGGAGUUCGGAGUGGUAUUCUCAGCAGAGUGUUGACUGGCAAUUCACUACAACAGUGACUGCACUAUAUGAGCAGUACGGUGCAGCAGUACGGUGCAGCAGUACGGUGCAGCAGCAGUAAUGGAAUGCAACUCUGCUGUGCCUGUUGGUGGUAGAAAUCACCAUGGGAACACCACAUGUAUGCACAGGCUAUUGGACAGAGGUCACCGGGCACUUCACUGGCUGUACUUUGGACAUGCAGACAGAUCACUACUCAGCAUGAACAGCAGGAAAUCAUCAGAACUGGACACCCUACCCUGUAACCCACCACUGUUUGACGCUGUCCUGAAGUCUACUAGCAAGAAUGAGGAAGAAGCAGUCCUUCGUCUAUCCUCCCUCGUUGAUCGUGAACUUGAACUGCGCAAUACAGCCAAUCCUACACCCUCUGAAGAAUGCACCAAGCAUGUCAUCUACAAUGACCUUGGUACAUAUGUGGGCCGAAGGAUGACGUCAUUCCACGCUGCUGUACUACGCAAUGAUGUCACCAUGACCAGGGCGCUGUAUCAACUCAACCCGUCUUUUCUCAACUGGUCAAGUCCGCAUGGGAUGUUUGAAGGUGAAAGUGCGCUGCAUGUUGCUGUGAUCAAUGCUGCUCAGUCUUCAUUCUGGUCCUGUCUUGAUGAGCUGGAAACAUGGCAAGCAGGCAGCCUGAACUGCGACAGCACAAGGUUUCCCGUCUUCCCUGAUCCGCCACCGGAGCAGGAUGAUCUGCUGGCCUUCCUCACGCCACUGUAUGCCCAGAAACGGGUGAAUGGUGGUUCUGAGCAGGCACUGAGCCCGCUCAAUGCAAUGAAAGCGAGGGGAACCUACUACAGGAGUGGAUGUGCUGCUGCUGAUGAUGUAGCUGGAAGCUGUGGUGCAUACCAACAGGUAACGUGGGGUGAGACACCACUGUCGUUUGCAACGUGCUUACUGUUGCCCCGUGUAGUGGCUCACCUGGUUAGCCAUGGAUCAAACCUCUUUCUUACAGACUGCAAGGGAAAUACCCUACUUCACCUGUUGGCCAUGCAGCAGUCACAUGAUGUGUCAUAUGACACAAAGAAAGGGAGCAGCCACUCGUGUGCACCUGCAGCCGCUGGACUUGAACUGAAUAACACGUGUCGACUGGCGUACAUGUGUGAGUUCAUCAAGGUGUUGGCAUGCCAACAGCGGGGCUGUUCACAUGGCAACGGCGAGUAUCACUGUUUGGAGGCACAGGCUAACAACAACGGAUUCACUCCACUUCACGUCGCUGCCGAAUGUGGAAAUCUAGAGGUGUUUCACUACCUGGUCAAUUCCCCUGGUCGGCGUCAUGAUGUCAUCACGUAUGCCAGUGUUCACACCGUGGCUUACAACCUGGAGGAUCUAGACUUUGUAUCCGAACAGAAACAACAACAACAACAACAACAACAACAACAACUUCAGCAGCAGCAGCAGUCGCAGCAGUCGCAGGCACAACAAGAGCAGCAGCAACAGCAAGAGCAACUGCAGCAGCAGCAGCCAAGGUCCCUCAAGAAACAAGAACGCAAAUUCCCUGCUACAGUCCUUGAAGUAAUUAUCUGUAGCCCACACGUUAAGGUGAGACUGGGCAUUUCACACGUCAAGGCAUGGCAGCUGUUGGACACAACACCGAUACAGCAGUUGGUAGACCUGAAGUGGAUGCAGUAUGGUUUCAUUGGUUUCUCCGUACUGCUCAUGUACAACCUUCUGUAUAUGGUGGUGCUGAGCCUGGUUGUGUUCUACAGGCCAGUCAGGCUAUCCGCAUGCCAUGGCUAUGAUGCAGCCAAUACAAGUACAUACAACGCAACCGCAAGAUACUGCAUGCCGCUCAUGAAACGCACUGUGCCGAUUGCCGCGGCAUACACGUCCACAGAGGACUACCUACGGGCAGUAGGAGAAGUCUUUGUCCUGGCCAACACAUUCCUGCAGCUGGCUUUUGAGAUCCGUGACUUUGUACGCCUAGGCUCGCAGGCCCUGUCCUAUGGCUGGAUAUGCAGAGGAAUCUGGUUCACAGCGUUCAAGUGGAUGUACCUUCUUCUGAUUCUGGUGGCAGCUGUCCUGCGAGUGAUUGGAUCGGACUACGAGGAUGUGGUGUUGUCUUGGAUCGUGCUAAUGGCCUGGUUAUACACACUCACCUAUGGGAGAUGCUUCAAACCACUGGGACAUUAUCUGCUCUCCCUGGAAGAGAUAUUCUUCAAGGAUAUUCCGCGGUUUUGUAUCAUUUUCAUGAAGACCUUGAUUGGAUUCAGUCUUGUGUUUUACAUCCUGUUUCAGGAAGCAGCUCCGUCCAGUCCGCUCAAGUUCUCCGGAUUCUGGCGCGCGAUGCUCACGUUGUUCCGCAUGUCCCUGGGCCUCACCGACGUGUCCACUGCCGAAAUACGGCAAACCAAAGUGGCCGGUUGGAUCGCUGUCUACAUGAUCUUAUUUCUGAUCAUCUCGUAUCUUCUGCUGAUCAACUUCCUCAUCGCUACCAUGCAGCAUAGGCAAGAUAAACUAUUGGAGAAUGCCGACGUCAACUGGAAAACUCUGGUGACAGCCAGUCUAAUUUUCAUUGAGCGUCGUCUCUCCUGGAUGUUGCCGGCCAAAAUGAUGAAGAUUGGUCGCCAUGGCGAGGAGCUGGGCUUGGGUGCCAACAAACGGUUUCUGUGCAUUUCGCAGAAAGCAUCAAAUGGCCAUGGUACCAACCAGGGCUGUCGGUUUACUCCGCAUCGCCCACCUUGCUGAGUGUGGACAAAUCAUCGCCGAAUGGAGAUGGUUGGAAGACGUGUGAUGUCCCAUAAAUGGAUAGCAUGUAUGUCGUGCACCAUACGUGUAAGACAUGCAGUGCAGAUCAUCAACGCUGAUGAUAACUGAUCAUUUUAAACGUCUCUUUAAUAGUUGUGUAGUGAGAGCACUAAAAAAGUUGAUUUGCCUACAAGUACCGUGAUUAUACUCUAUACACUAUACAUGUACUAUGUCGGGCUUGAGAUUCCACAUGAGCACAGGUUUUUUUCUUCUUCUGAUCAUACUCUGGAUAUGAACUUUGACCUAUUCAAUGUGACUUCAAUCAAAGAAUUACUUGAAUCA